ACACGCAACCCUUCCCAAACGUCAACCACUCUCAAUAUCGUUUGACACGACUCUAACACCCACAUAAUGUCUACUGAACCUUACGACCCCUACGUUCCUCGCAAUGGCCCUUCCUCAAACCCAGGCUCCAGCCAAGGCACCGCAAAGACAGCUGCAAUUCAACAACAAAUUGACGACACAGUGGGCAUAAUGAGGGAAAACAUAACCAAAGUUGCUGAGAGAGGAGAAAGGUUGGAUUCGCUGCAGGAUAAGACAGACAACCUCGCAGUGUCAGCUCAAGGUUUCCGCCGUGGAGCCAACAGAGUCAGGAAGAAUAUGUGGUGGAAGGACAUGAAGAUGCGCAUCAUCAUCGGAGUCGCAAUUGCUGUGAUAAUUGUCAUCAUAGUGGUCUCCAUCGUCAAAGCAACGCAAAACAAGUAAUUGCCUAGCUAACCACUGCGUUAUAGUAGACCUUUGCCAAUUUACGUUCGCGACCUAAUUCUCUUCCUUGAUUCCGUCGUUUGUGUGUCUUUAUAUACUUAUUUUUGCGGAGCUUCUUUACCUUCAACCACGACUUCGUGACCAGUUGAAAUCAACCCACCCCAUGGACUUCACUAUACUUCUUUCUGCUGUUGUAGUACCUUAUGCAUCAUGGUCUUCAUCAUGAUGAUUUCUGUUGCCCGUU